AUGGGCAAAGGUUUGUUUACGCGACUUGUUGGUGACCUCGAGACGAAUUAUCCUUAUUUUCAAACAACAUGGGAUGCAACAAAUCAAAGAAGUUUCAGUACGCUACAAAAAUGCACAUCAGCAAUACGUCAAUUAGCGAAGUGUUAUAACCCAUACUUGUUAGAUGAGUAUUUGAAUAUGUCAAAAAGAACUUCUCGUGAAGCUCUUGAAAACUUUUUCUACGGUGUUAUCCAAAUGUACAAGGUUGAAUAUUUACGUCGUCCAACAUCCACUGACAUUCAACUUUUGUAUGAAGCACAUGAAGCUAAACAUGGAUUCCCUGGAAUGCUUGGUAGCAUUGACUGCACACACUGGAAUUGGAGGAAUUAUCCAACGGAAUUGAUAGACCAAUACAUGAGGGGUGACCAUCAGUAUCCAUCACUGAUACUAGAAGCGGUGACACCACAAGAUUUAUGGUUUUGGCAUGCAUUCUAUGGUGUAGCUGGUUCCAACAUUGAUUUAAACGUCCUCUACCAAUCACCAUUGUUUGAUGAGAAAUAUCAUGGAACAAGACCCGAUUGUUCAUUUUAUCUUAAUGGUGAACACUACAAACAUGGUUACUAUCUUGCGGAUGGGAUAUAG